AUGCCUCAGCAUAUGGGCUCUGCACCGUUUUAUAUGCAUCAACCCGUCGCUGGCUCGUCGCAAUAUCCAAUCAACUACCUAGGGGUUCCUCAAUCACAACCAACUGUACAGCAGCAGCAAGCAACGCCUGCGGAAGCUUCUCCUGCACAACCCACGGCAAGCACUUCGUCAACACGGCGGCCAGCAGCGCGAAAGCACCGAUGGGAAGACAAGAAAAUCGACGCUCUAUCUGAUCCUCAAGUGAAGGAACACAUGAGAAAAGCUCUGGCGAGACUGGCUGAUGAAGAAGCACCGGGAGUCAAGCUCGAGGACGAAGCAACAGAAAUGCUUCUACAUAUUGCAAACGACUUUCUCAAUGAAAUCACCAAUCUUUCAUUUCGCGUUGCAGAACAUCGUGCUGGUGAGAAUCCGACAGAUGAUGACAUCGUUGUAAGGGCCGAAGACAUGGAGUUGUACCUAGCGCGAUUAGGUUUACGCAUUCCUGCCACGCCACGACCAAGACGAGUGCCUCAACCGGGCGAAACGGAACGUGUUGUCGAUAGAGUACUCGCGCCUACUCCUCCUCUGGCGCAGUCAAGAGGGCGACGAAAUACGGGCCCAACCCAGCAAGACUCAGAGUCGUCAGAGGAACUGACUGAAGAAGAGGACGAAGAAGAGGAUGAGGAUGAGGAUGAGGACGAUGAAGACAGCGAUGCAGACAAACCGAGAGAGAGCAAGCGACUCAAGGCUCGAGCAGAGGCAGAAAAGGUCAAGAGAGGGCGUGGAAGGGGAACACGUGGACGACCGCGUAAAUGA